AGGGAAGCGAAGGUAGCUCGGCCGAAUAGAGCGCUACUCCGUUUCAGUUGCUUACGAGCAUUCGCCAGUGAACGAGCUGAAUCAUGGUUGUCCGUUUCGUAAAUAACAACGCGGGUGUCGUGCUCGCGAUGUGUCGUACGGUGCUUCUCGUGUUCAUUGCCGUUCUUGUUCUUGCUAGCGCUGAUCAAAACCAAUCGGGACUGAAAGUCGAGAAAUUGUACGUGCCGGAGGUAUGCGACGCCAAAUCAAAAAUUGGUGACCAGCUGACGAUGCAUUAUACCGGCACACUUGUCGAUGGCACAAAAUUCGACUCAAGUUUGGACAGAGAUCAGCCGUUCACAUUCCAACUGGGAGUUGGCCAAGUUAUUAAAGGUUGGGACGAGGGAUUGGUGGAUAUGUGCGUGGGCGAAAAGAGGAAGUUGACCAUACCGCCGGAACUCGGAUACGGAGAGAAAGGAGCCGGAAACGUAAUUCCUGGAGGUGCUACUUUGCUAUUCGAAGUUGAACUGAUCAACAUCAGUGACUCUCCACCAACCGCGAAUGUAUUCAAAGAAAUCGACAGUGACCAUGACAACCAAUUGUCUCGCGAGGAGGUGAGAGCAAUGGUGAGCGAGUAUCUGAGGAAACAGAUGAUCGAGGCGGAGAAGGGCAGCGGCGGGGACAGCGAGGAGGUGAAGAAGAUAAUGGCCGACCACGACAAACUCGUUGAGGAGAUCUUCCAGCACGAGGACAAGGACAAGAAUGGCUUCAUCUCCCACGACGAGUUCAGUGGGCCGAAGCACGACGAGCUCUGAAGCCUUCGUGCCGCGUCGCCGCGUCUCCGGGCACCGCGUCGCCGACGUGUCUCGCGCCACCACGUGUUCCCAUCCAAGCGGAAUCGCCUCUUCGAUUCUCGUCCGAUCCGCGAGGAACGCCACUGAACACGGAACACCUCCACCAAUCGUGUCACCUCUCGAUCCAUCGAUCGAUCGUUUUUCCUUGUGAAUUGUGUCUUCGCGAAUAUCAUCAUCCGCGAACCGUAUUCAUCAUCAUCGUAUUUCACCUCUCGGCAAGGCGAAGAGGAAAGAGAGAAAACAGGAUUUAUCUUCAUGUUUCUCGCGAGGGAAGGGCAUUGGACCAAUCGAAGGAGACUCAUCGAGAAUCAUCUCUGGAAAGUUGGAGGAUCUACGUAAGGAGGAUCGAGAAAGGGGUAUCGAGAAGUUGGAAGGAAGGAGGUUGGCUGUUGUCCAGAUUGAAAGAACUUUCUUUCUAUAGUGGGUUUGUGCGAGUAAUUGGAAGGAUU